UUUAAAUAAAAAUGAAAAUGGAUGACUGCGAAAUUAUUACUACUUGAUUUGGAUACUAACAAGAAAAUAAUAAAAAUGGAAGUUUAAGAAAAAAACAAAGUUUUUCAAAAUAGGUUUCAUUUAAAUCACACCUAAAACCCAACUCCCACCCACCCCCACCCACCCCACUCCCUAAUCUCACCUCCUUCCUUCCACAAACUCCCCUCAACCCCCCGUACAACCUCCACCCCUAUCCCCUACCCCACCCCACCCCACCCCCUAUUCCCUACCUCUACCCUUUCCCCUCUCUCAUUCUCAUGCUAACCAACUACUUGUUGCAGUAAGGGUUCCGCGAUUUUGCUGCAUUUGUUCUGCCAAUCUGGAGCAAGAUAAACUGGAAUGAUCGGUUUGUUUCGUGCUUGUGGUUCAUCAAUACUAUCAGGAACUAGGCUUGUCACUACUACAAGCCCGUCUUGCAAAAAUCUUUUUCCUUUAUGGGGAGCAAGCUUCCAGCAUUCUAGUGUUAGGACAGUGAAGUUCGAGUUAUUGUUGACAAGGCUUCAGUUUCAGAGCUAUUCAUCAAAAAAGUCGGGUGAAGGUAGCUCCAUUAAGGGGAAACUCAAGUCUAAACCACUAAUGAAGGACGAUAAGGAAGCCUUUUUUGUUGUUCGCAAGGGUGAUCUCGUGGGAGUUUACAAAAGCUUAAGCGACUGUCAAGCUCAAGUUGGAACCUCGAUAUGCGAUCCUCCUGUCAGUGCGUACAAAGGUUAUAACAUGCCCAAGGACACUGAGAAGCAUCUGAUGUCUUGUGGACUUAAGAAUGCUCUUUACUCCAUAAGAGCUUCUGAUCUUACUGAAGAACUUUUUGGCACUCUUAUAUCAUUGCCUUCGUCUUCUAGAGGUGAAACAUCUACUGAACUUGUGACAACAAAGAAGAGGCCCCAGGAACCUAUGUGGUCAGAAUAUGGGGAGGCUGUUGGACCCGUCUUGACCGCAAACGAUGCUUUAACAAAGCAUUUCAAGUUAGACCCUUAUAGAGUUGACCAGAAUCAAUCAGUUUGUAGAUCUUGUACUAUCGAGUUUGAUGGUGCUUCAAAAGGAAAUCCUGGUCAAGCAGGGGCUGGAGCUAUACUGCGAUCUGAUGAUGGAAACUUGAUUUGUAGGCUGCGUGAAGGCUUAGGCAUUGCCACCAAUAAUUUUGCUGAAUAUCGUGGCUUUAUACUUGGGUUGAGAUAUGCACUUGGAAAAGGUUUUACAAGUGUUCGAGUUCGAGGUGACUCCAAACUUGUUUGCAUGCAGAUUCAGGGAUUGUGGAAGGUCAAAAACCAAAACAUAUCCGGCUUGUUUGAUGAGGCUAAGAAAUUGAAGGAUAGAUUUCUCUCGUUCCAGAUUAUUCACGUUUUAAGGGACUUAAAUUCUGAGGCGGAUACUCUGGCUAACUUGGCUGUCGAUCUUGCUGGUAAUCUUUUUGAUCCUCUUAUUGUUGUGUUUCCAUUUACUUAUCACAGCUACAUCAUCUUGAUCUGGUUUGAUGCGUGACUGCAGAGGGACAGAUUCAGGAGGAGGUCGAUAAAUAACUUCUAGCUUGCGCCUUCUUCUGCACUGUCUUUACUAACGCAAUUUUGCAAUUUUUAUUGGCUUUCUCUUAUUUUCUAUGGGAUAAUUUUAAUUUAUUGGCUGCCUCUAUAUCUACUGUUGCAAUUUUGAACAGUUAAUUUGUUCAAGUGGGAUGUAAAGUAGCACUGGCAAAGGCCUCUUAGUUUUUCUUGAAGUAGCUAGGUCAGAUGAGGGAAUUAGUCUUUAUUGAGCAUGGAUGAUUGUUGAAAUUUCUUCAGCUGUGUAAUUAUAAAAUGGUGCCCACAAUA